GUGAAGUUGUAACGAAUAAAGUACGUUGUCUGUGGACAGUUUAGUUUUUGCUUUAGUACCCGUUAUUAUUCGAACAUUUCGACGCUUUUUCUUCGAAUUAACAGAAACAUUUCUUGACGUUCACCCAUCAUUCUUCAGAAAAAAUGAGCGAACAAGAGAACGAGCAAGUUUCCGAAAUGAGUCCUCACGAAGUGGAAAAGAUAGAAGAGGCGAAAUUAAAAGCGAAAUAUCCAACGGGAGUCGUUGGUUCAAAUGGAAGUCGUCCGAUCGCUGGACAUUCGGCUUUCUUGCAAAAACGUUUGGCUAAAGGACAAAAAUUUUUUGAUUCCGGCGAUUAUCAAAUGGCAAAACAAAAAAUUGGAGGUGUUAAUAAACAGCCGUUGAAAGUGGCAGUUCCUGUAAACCCAUACGCCACUGGAGAUGCAAUCCCAACCCCAGAAACAGUACCAGCACGAAAAACGUCCAUAAUACAAUCCUCUAAAUUUACGCCAAACGUCAUCUAGUCGUCUGGCUGCUGUAAUAUUUACGGACGUCCCCAAUGUAGAUACUUGUUUCUUAACUUUCUUUCCCCCCCUUUUCAUCAUCAGGUUAACUUAUUAUUAAUAAAAACCCAUUAACUACAACUUAUAUUAAAAAUAAUAAAAAAAAACUUUUAAUCUGCGUUUAUUUUUUUUUAGUUUAAUGGUUAUGUUAUGUAUUAGUUUUUAUUUCGACAAGAUUUUUUUUGAAAAGUCAUAUUUUAACAGUUGUAGUUUAGGGUAACUAGAUUUAACAUGUAUACAUACAUUCAGAUGUACAUUUAGUUUAAUAAAAGAAAUUACAUUUUACAGUUAA